GUCUGAUCCGGAUUCAUCUGGCGUUGACUUACUGGAUACGUACCCCCCCGCCCCCAGCCCUAAUUUAAUUUAGGAAGGUGAUUGACGGCUGUGUGUGUAGGUUCCCCACCCCCGACCUAUCUCCUCAUUUAAGUCCGUAUGGGACUUCGAAAAUUCAGUCAGACUUUGGUAGAUUUGAAGGAGACAGUAUAAAUAAAAGAAAUAAAAUAGGGAGCUGUAUUCCGAAGCAGUUGCUCUGAUUUUGUUUUUUUAGACUUAAGGAAGUCUGUACCUCUUUAUUCCAACUAGUUUUUCUUUCUCUCUCUCUCUCUCUGGGAGCCCCUGAGCGCAGGGAGUGGCAUAGACUGGACUUGCAGCUAUAUAUCUCCUCCACAUGGUCGAUUUUGGGAGGUGAUAAGUGACGAGCACGGGAUCGAUCCUGAAGGCAGUUAUAACGGAGACUCUGACCUGCAGCUGGAGAGGAUUAAUGUCUAUUAUAACGAAGCGACCUCGCAGAAAUAUGUUCCGAGGGCCAUCUUAUUGGACUUGGAGCCGGGGACAAUGGACAGUGUCCGAUCGGGUAGUUUGGGACAUCUUUUCAGACCUGAUAACUUCAUCUUCGGACAGACUGGUGCAGGGAAUAACUGGGCCAAAGGACACUACACAGAAGGUGCUGAACUAGUUGACUCGGUGAUGGAUGUGCUAAGAAAGGAAUGUGAGAAUUGUGACUGCCUCCAGGGGUUUCAACUCACUCACUCACUGGGAGGUGGUACAGGUUCUGGCAUGGGCACACUCCUGAUCAGCAAGAUCCGUGAAGAAUAUCCUGAUAGAAUUAUGAACACCUUCAGUGUCAUGCCAUCUCCAAAAGUAUCAGACACUGUUGUUGAGCCUUACAAUGCCACUUUGUCAGUUCACCAGUUAGUUGAGAACACAGAUGAAACUUACUGUAUUGAUAACGAGGCCCUAUAUGAUAUCUGUUUCCGUACUCUCAAACUCACCACUCCAACAUAUGGUGACUUGAACCAUCUGGUGUCUGCAACCAUGAGUGGUGUGACCACAUCUCUGCGCUUCCCAGGCCAGCUGAAUGCAGAUCUGAGGAAACUGGCUGUGAACAUGGUGCCCUUCCCUCGAUUGCACUUCUUUAUGCCCGGCUUUGCCCCUCUGACUGCCCGAGGCAGUCAACAGUACCGCACUCUUUCAGUCUCUGAGCUCACUCAACAGAUGUUUGAUGCCAAAAACAUGAUGGCUGCCUGCGACCCACGCCACGGACGCUAUCUGACUGUUGCCACUGUGUUCCGUGGUGCCAUGUCAAUGAAGGAAAUAGAUGAGCAGAUGCUUGCAGUUCAGAACAAAAACAGCAGCUACUUUGUGGAAUGGAUUCCCAACAAUGUCAAAGUGGCUGUUUGUGACAUUCCUCCACGGGGCCUGAAAAUGGCUUCCACCUUUAUUGGGAACAGCACAGCCAUUCAAGAGCUGUUCAAACGCAUCUCUGAACAGUUUUCGGCCAUGUUCCGCAGAAAGGCUUUCCUGCACUGGUUCACUGGUGAAGGAAUGGAUGAGAUGGAGUUUUCUGAAGCAGAGAGCAAUAUGAAUGACCUGGUGUCAGAGUACCAGCAAUAUCAAGAUGCCACAGCUGAUGAAGGUGAGGAUUUUGAAGUGGAUGAGGAAGAACUGGAUGAGGCUCAAUGAAACAAUUGAUACACUGUUUGAUAAGUGAUUUUUCUGGGUUAAAAGAUGUGACAUUCUAAUUUAAAGUUACUUUUGUCUAUCACCCAAGUGCCUUUUUGUUUCUUACAGAUUUUGAACUUUGUUGUAAUUAACAAUGAACAUUGCAAGUAACUUUGUAGAUCAAUAAACACAAUAGCGAC